GAUCAACAUUCGGUUAUCUCCCCUGUCUAACCCGCCAAAUUCAUAAAUGUAAAGAUGCCUUAUUAUUGCCUUUUCUUGAUUUCUUCUGAAGAAUGUAGAUUACUAUAUCCUCAAGUGAAAACUAAGAUAAAAGAUAGAUUUAAAGAUAGAUGUAAGAUUUGUUGCAUUGAAGUAGAAAAUUCAAAUCAGCAGCUAUAUGUCAAGGAAAACAGAGAGAAAUUUGAAUGGAACGAUGUCCAUGAUGAUGAAACUCCAAAAUUCACUGAAACUGAGGAUGAGGUUGAAAGCAGACCACAAAGAACAGUAUGUGAUUUGUUACAUGAACUGGCUGAUUCCAUGCCAUUUGCAGGUUGCAUCAUUGAUAUAUUUGUUGAUGUACCUGAAGAAUUUGACAGCAGUUGUGAAGGCUUUCUUCCUUUGUAUGGUGCGGUAAGAAGAUUCAAAGAUUGGCAUAAUACUGUUGUAACAUCCAUUCACCAGGGUGACAACACCUCCACUGACAAUGAAUUUACUGAUAUUAUUCCUGGUAUACAAGCAUGUAGGAUGGAUGACCUUGACUUUCCUGAUAAGGUCAUAUGGAGAGGGAAAAUAUCAGUUGUUGAUAAAACUGUGAAUAAAGGAUUUAUUUUGCCUGGUUUAGAAUUAAGAGAAAGCAGCAUAAACAAAGACAGAUCAGUAAUUAGACAUCCAAGAUCACAUGAAAAUGAAGACAUUGUUUUAGGCAGAAUGUUGGAAGUUUUAGAUGAGGUUGAUGUUGAGACUAUUCCACCUUAUAUGUUAACAUCCAAUGUAUUUUGUCUAACACAGAGAUACCAACAUCCUCAUGCCAUGGUAUUCAUGGAACACAUCAGAACUUCUCAGAGUGGAAUUUUGAUGAGACUUUUAUGUUACCAUGGUGAUGUAUUAGAGACAUUAUGUGGUGAGAAAUACCUGAAUACAACAUCAUGGAAAGAGAGUAUAAUAGCAGAUAUAACAUUUAUACAAGAACCAGAAGAGGAACUACUUCCUGGACAUGAAUACAUACAUUUUAUAGCAUAUUGUAAAGAGGACAGUCAAGACAUUAUCAUGUGUCAACUUAGAUCACCAUAUCAGUUAAAUGGACAAGUGUUUGAUCUUAUUUACCAUAACUCAGUGCUGCCACCUGAUGAGCAUGGACAAGACGACAAUUUAGAUUUUAUAUCAGAGUUACCAUGUUUUUCUGAAGAAAACUGGAAUCAAAUGAUGGUUUCGUUAAAGGAUAUACAAGUACAACUGCUUAAAGAAUGGCUCAAUGACAAAGAGCAUUCAGGCGGCCAUACUGUUGUAAAAUUAGAUGAUCUUAAUGCUUUCCUUUAUGAAGUUCAAAAGACAUUUCUAAACCAAGUUAAAGAAAAAUUACCUGUCACUGGCAUUCCAAGACAACAUCUUCCAGAUCUGCAGGCUUGUUCAGAGCUAGAGAAAUCUCCAUCAUCUUGGUCAGAGAGAUGUUUAUUGGUAUAUCAAGAGUCUCAGAGAAAAUCUUUUAACAGACUACAGUCAACAGAUAGUAUGGCCCUAUCAUCUCCUGUGCAAUCGGAGGACAUGCCUUCUACCAUAGACAUUACUGGGUUUCUAAAACUUUUUCAACAAGAUGGCAAUCCAACAGCAACAAAGUUAUCUCCUGUUAGAAAAAGGCAUCCAAGUCGAUCAUUUAGACUACAAAAUUCAUCUGAUAUACAGAAAUCAUCCUGGCCAGAUUGUCAUUACAUGCCCCAUUUUGACAUAUAUUAUAAUAUAGGUAAAAAGACAGAAAAGCUUGAAACUCAGAACUACAAAUUGAGAGAAAAACAUGUAAAAGCUGAAACCUUGACAUCAGGUCCAACAACUGUGUUUAAAUUACCAAAGAAGAAAAGUAAUGAUAGUUUGAUUGGAUUAGAACAAGUUUCAGCUGACCUGUUACCACGGAAAUCUCCUAGAAAAUCUUUUGUGAGCAAAGUUACACCUCCAAGAAAAUGUGCAAAGGGAGCUUUGUUUUCCCCUCGGAAAUCUGCAGGAAGAGGCUUGUUGUCACCAAGGAAACCAUUGAAGAAGUCUGUUCUCUUAUCUCCAAGACGAGGAGUUUCUAAGGCAAAACAUAUGCUGUCUCCAACUAGAAGGUCACCUAGGAAAAAGGUCAAAGGUGAUCUUAAUACAAGUUUACCCAGUACAAGUUUUGCUAAGCCAUCAACAGCUAUAGAUAAACUGAAGCUGUCAGAAGCUCAGGGGUCCAAGAGACGUCAUUCUGUAGGUGAUGCACACAUCAUAAAGAAAGGAAAAGAGAACAGUGGCAGACAGUCACUGUCGUCUGCUAAUGAUUCAUUAAACAUGUCAGCCAGUUUGGAUGAUUCACAAAGGCAAAAAGAAUCAAGAUCAGAAAGGCAUAAAAGGAGGCUAGAAGAAAUAGUACAUGGUGUUUUGAAACAACAAGGUGUAGAUAAAGAUAGCAGUCUUUACCAGGCGUGUUCUACAAAACUCUUCAAAGUUACCAAACUUUUUGUGAUGGAUCUUCCAACAUCUCAGAAUUUAAAAGAAGAAAUGAAGAACAUUGCUGAAAGUCAGGUUCAACAGGUUAUUAAUUUAGAAAGUAGAAGACAAAGUAUUGGUGCUGCAAAAAAGUAGAAGACAAAAAGGGGUGCUGCAAAAAAUUUGAAAGAGACUAUUCAUGUUUGUUAAGUGACA